CGUUGUUUAUGGCAGUAUAUUACAUUAACGCUAAGUAGCUAACCAGUUAGCCGCCUUGUUACUAGUGUCAGUCACAUGCUAACGUGAACUAAUGCUAUCGUUUAGUUAAGAGGAAGCUUGUUUUAACCGCGGAGUAACGAUAUGAAACAUGAACGUAAAAACGAAACGGCAAGUUACAUGGACAGUUUUAAAUCUGCAUAACCGCAGACAGAGCUAAAACAGUUAGGUUUAGCUUGCUACCUCCAUUGUUGUUACUGGUACUGUCACUUCUCUGCCGAAGGUGUGACUAUUUAAUGUUGCCUCGUGAGUCAGCAAAUGUACUUACCUUUUAAAACAUUAUUAACAACCUUUUUAAGUUAUUCCUACAAUGAUAAGUCACAAGUUAUUCCAACUACUGUCUCGAACCAAUGUACUACUCCCUUAGAUUACAUUUUGUUAAUGACCUAACAAAUGGCCUAAAUUCUGUACAACCUUCGUAUUCUUGGCAUAAUAAAGAAAAUUGAGUUUUAGUGUGCAGUAAACCAUCACAUGAGGUAAAAUAAAUGUCCUAAAUCUGAUGUAAUAGAUUUGUCUGUCUUUUGCAAAACAAAAGUAGCAGCUCCCGAGAGUUUAUGUGGAGGGAUGGAGGAUUCUCUUCCCCUACCACCUUAGAAUUGUACAUCCCACCCCAGCACCAGAGACACAAGGGUCACCCAAGGGUGACCCCUGUCGACAGACCACUGGGAGUUUUCCAUGUCAGGUCUAACCGCAGUGAGGGAGAGGAUGGUCAGCAUUCGUCCUAUAUAAGCAUACCUAUUAUCACCCUGUCGGAUCUAGAAUGUGACUACAUCAAUGCUAGAGCCUGCUGCUCCAAGCUGAACAAAUGGGUAAUUCCAGAGAUGGUUGGCCAGUGUCUCUCUACUAUGCUGAUGUUGGUCUCCAUGCAUUGGUUCAUCUUCCUCCUCAACCUGCCUAUAGCAGCCUGGAACAUUUAUAGGUAUGUAAAGGUGCCGAUGGGAAACAUGGGUGUGUUUGACCCCACUGAGAUCCACAACCGAGGUCAGCUCAAGUCGCACAUGAAGGAAGCUAUGAUUAAACUGGGUUACCACCUGCUCUGCUUCUUCAUUUAUUUGUACAGCAUGAUCCUGGCUCUGAUCAACGACUGAAGCACCAGCAAGAUCUCCGACCCAAGAUGCCAAAUUUCAAACUCCAGGAUUUGCUGUUUUUCUGUACAGUACUGUAUGCAUAAAAUCUGUUAGAACAGCAGAGAGAAGAAGUUUACUAUCACUGUGUUCUCACUGAGGUUCACACUGUUAUAUGUGUUUUGACUUUGAUUUAAUAUGUAUAUCUAACCAUUUAACACUUCAGUACCAUCAUGACAAAAUGUCCUACAACAACCGCUGUGCUUUAUUGUGAAGGGGACUUAAGUAAUCAGUAUUUUUUUUCAAUCUCUAUACCCCCCCCCUCCCCAUAUCAUUACAUCACCACAUUUCUGAUGUUUGGUCUGAACAACAACUGAACGUCUUGACCAUGUCUGCAUGCUUUUAUGCAUUUAGUUGCUGCCAUAUGAUUGGCUGAGUAGGUAUUUGUAUUAAUUAGCAGGUCUGCAGGUUUACCUAGUAAAGUGGCCACUGAGCGUACAUUCUGGUCAUUUUGAGCUGUGGCACAGUACAAAGCUUAGCUGCUGGCACUUCAUCAGUUUGUGUUAGCAGACAUGACAUUAGGCAGCUGUGCAUUGCUCUCAGCCCAGGGAUCAGAGGUCAGUCGUGUCUGUCAGCACUGUUUCAAUGCACAGUUCAAGACAUGGUGCCUUGUGUCAAGUGUUAUAGCAGUCAGAUUGUCGCUUUUUAAUGACAAGAAGCAGACCGGGGGCACUGGUGAACCAAGGUCACAGUUGAGCACUGUUUAUUGAUCUACAGCCUGGCUAAUGUGGCUAAUGUUGUUCCUUAUCAGUGCAGGCUCAGCUGACUCAGCAUGUUGAAUUGAGAGGCAGUCAGAUCUCUGAUUGGCCGUUCAAUCAUCAGUUUUCCCUUUUGUCCUUGUGCCUUUUCUUGUUCCUUCCACACGUAAAGUAAUACUUACUAGUUCAUGUGCAACACAGACCACUGACAAGGUAUCUCCUCUGACACAGGCACAGUGCAUAUACAUAGGUGGCAAAUAUAGAAGUAAAUAGAAGUAAAAGCCAGCAUUAAGUAAUAAUAGUCAUUUUUUUAUAUAGCAACUUUUAAAAACAAAAUUACUAAGUGCUUUACUGUAAAAACAAAGAAUAAAAAUGAAAAUCCGAAGCAUAAAAUAUAGAACAAGAUGAAAUCAUUGAAACAGAACAAAUACCAUCAGUUUAGUAAAAGCCAUAAGACAAAUGUGAGUUUUAAGAUGAAAACAGAAUACUGAGUGUAAAUUAUGUUAGUAAGGCACAAGGUGGAGAGCCCUGUCCAACACAUGGCUCCAAAAUGUCCCAUUGACCUGGUGACUGUGAGGGCUUAACCAAAUUAUUCAUAUCAUUGUUAAAAUGUAUUUUGGCAAGAAUUUGUAUGUGCACAUUUGCAGUCACCUGCUGUUGGAUGUAGUCUUUUGUAGUCUGUUUAGUGAUUCUGUGUUUUUUCCUGCUUGGUGUGUCAGGACCUCACUGUCUUUCUAGUCCAAUGCUGUUGUUGCUCCUUCAUUUUUCUGAACUCCUCCAGUUCUCACAUUUUAAGCUUGAAUAACAUAUUUGGUCUAAGUAUGAAAAGUUUUCAAAAUGAAGGCUUGUGAUGGUAUUGAAGUGUAAACACCAGAGAUCAUCAGAUGAUUGAUCACGAAUCCUGUUCUAAGACUUUUUUAUGCAUAUGCAGCCUGCCAGACAUCUAGAAUCACACUCCAUCAGUGAUCACCAACCACAGCUCAUCCGACACACACACACACACAUGCACGCAAGCACACGCACGUAUAAUAUAUAGCCAUAUUUGUCUCAAUAUGAGUAUGUACUGUAUGUGUGUAUUCACACACGACACUAAAUGUGACGGUCAGUAGCAUUGAUAAUGUGUGGCACAGAGUGAGCAAUAAUCACACUGAACCACACACACCAGUCCUCUGUCACUGUGUCCAGGCCAUAGUUUGAUGUUGUGCUGGAAGGAUGUCACAUCACAGAGCUAGACGUUGUCUGAAUUUGAGGGGGUCAGGUGUUGACAUCAAUAAAAUGAUUCCAUUCAGUCUGGAAAGAAGUGAUGCAAUAUGGAAGUAAUGGCUGUUGUAUUAUGACUGUAUUGAAUUUGGACAAUUGAAUUUGACCUCAAUCGUGCACUAAUGUUUCAUGAAUUGCUUUUGGGUUGAACACACAUUAUGUUUAAAUCUGACAUUCCAUAUUUCAAUUUUUCCUAGAUUAGAAGGUGUCUCAGCUUUUCAGUGGGAUGAUGGAUGGGUGUGUGCACUCUUUAUUUGGUUGAGUGUAUAGACACAGCAAUCAUACUAGUACAGUACAUCCAUACCUACUCUGUAUUAUUCAAGGCCUUUUGUCCCCCCAUGUGUGUAUAUAUAACGCCAUUUCUCUCCUCAGUGUGCGUGAACUGGGAAGACUGCUGGUGAACAAGUUCAUAUAUGAUUCACGCUAAACUGUCUUACUUUCUUUUUUUGAGGAAAAUGUGUUUCAUAAAUAAAACUGUAAGACAACUUGUUUGUCUUUA